AUGUCGUCUGCUCGAGGUCAAGUAAUGCAGGUAGUGGAGUUUUACAGUGGCAUUGGAGGCAUGCAUUAUGCAUUACAAGAGAGUAACAUCAAUGCAAAAAUUUUAGCGGCCAUUGACAUUAAUACUGUUGCAAAUAAUGUCUACCGUCAUAACUUUGGCAAUACACCAGUAUGGCAGCGAGAGAUAGGAAAAAUAUCGUUGAAAGAAUUACAAGAACUUAAUGGUGAUUUAUAUACUAUGUCGCCUCCUUGCCAGCCUUUUACAAGGCUUGGUAAAAAAGCGGAUGUUAACGAUGCUCGCACCAGCAGCUUUUUACAUGUUAUUGAUUUAUUGAUAAAAAUGGAAAACCCUCCAAAGUAUAUUUUGUUAGAGAAUGUAAAAGGUUUUGAAACUUCCGCAGCUAGAAAUGAAUUUUUAUUGACACCAUUACAGUUUGGGAUACCAAAUUCUAGAUUAAGAAGAGGUUAUGAUGGAACUUCCGAAUUUCGGCCAAAUGUUGUGAAACCCGAUUCGCAAAGAUCGUGCUGUUUUACUAAAUCUUACUUCCAUUACGCCGAAGGAACAGGAUCCGUAUUACAAAUAACAAACCCAAUUUUACAUCUUAAACUUCGAUAUUUUACACCUAGAGAAGUCGCAAAUAUUCAUUGCUUUCCAGUACAUUUUAAUUUUCCUGAAAAUGCUACUAAAAAGCAGUGUUAUCGUCUUUUAGGAAAUAGCCUUAACGUUCAUGUAGCGUCAGAGUUAUUAAAAUUGUUAAUUACAUAA